CUUAAAAAUUAGUGAAAGCGAACACGUUGUAACACGUGUGUAUCGUACAAUACAACAUACGCAUCUUUAACAGUCACCAGUUUUCCUUAUAUGCAUUAUUUAAUUUAAAUACUCUUCUAACUGUUUUAUAAUGAAAGUAAUGAAUUUGUUACAAUAACUAUUAUCAAAUACAAAGUAAUAGUUAUGGAGAAAUUAGUGAAACCAAUAACCGAAAGAAAUACUGAAUCUCAGUUUUUUGGAAUUAUAGUAGCUGUAUUUUGUGUAAUAUUAACACUAUUUUUAGUUACUUUAUGGCGGAGAAGAAAGUCUGCCGGGAAUAGUAUUCUUAUUACAGGCCUUAGUGAUGCUGGAAAAACGAUACUUUUUUCACGAUUAUUGGAUUCUAAAUUAAUUUCUACUUAUACGUCUGUUAAAGAGAACACAGGUGACAUCGUUAUAAAUAAUCAUUCUUUGCGUAUUGUAGAUAUUCCUGGUCAUGAAAGAUUAAGAUACAAAUAUUUUGACAAGUAUAAAUCUUCUGCCCGUGCUUUGGUAUAUGUAAUUGAUGCCGUAACAUUGCAAAAAGAUAUUCGUGAUGUUGCAGAGUUCUUGUACAGUUUGUUAUCAAUUAUAAAUAUUAAUAGACAUAUUCCUAUACUUAUAUUGUGUAAUAAACAAGAUCAAACGAUGGCUAAGGGGUGGAGAGUUAUUAAAACUCUCCUGGAAAAAGAAAUAAAUUUGCUUCGCUUAACUAAGUCCAGUCAAUUGGAAUCGAUUGAUGAUUCAUCUUCAAAUGCUUUUCUUGGAAAAAUUGGAAUUGAUUUCGAAUUUAUUCAUCUUAAUAUGAACGUUCAAUUUGCUGAAUGUUGUGCAUUCAACAAAGAUUCAGAUUCAAUUGCCGAUAUUCAAGAGUUAAAUAUGUGGUUAAAGAAAAUUAUUUAAAUUAUUUAUGUAAAUUAUAUAAUAAAAUUUAUUUUAUAAUAAAUUAUAGUUAAAAUAAAAUAAA